AUGAAGCACUUACUGCUGCUCGCCUUUGUGGGUGUGGCUGUUGCCUAUCCCAUCAGCGGUGAUGAUGACGAUGACAAGAUCGUGGGAGGCUACACCUGUGCGGAGAACUCUGUUCCCUAUCAGGUGUCCCUGAAUUCUGGCUAUCACUUCUGUGGAGGUUCCCUCAUCAGCAGCCAGUGGGUCCUGUCAGCUGCUCACUGCUACAAGUCUCGUAUCCAAGUGCAGCUUGGCAAACACAACCUGGCCGCCACGGAAUCCACUCAGCAGUUCAUUAAUUCCGCUAAAGUCAUCCGCCACUCCGGCUACAGCGGCUCGACACUGGACAAUGACAUCAUGCUCAUCAAGCUUGCCACACCAGCCCAGCUCAACAGAGCUGUCCAGACAAUUCCUCUGCCUACUUCCUGUGUGCAAGCAGGCACCACAUGCCUCAUCUCUGGCUGGGGCAACACACUCAGCAGCGGCAUUAACUACCCAGACACCCUGCAGUGCCUGAAGGCUCCUGUACUCCCUGCAAGCGACUGCUCCCAAGCCUACCCUGGGCAAAUCACAAGGAACAUGAUAUGCGUAGGAUUCCUGGAGGGAGGAAAAGACUCCUGCCAGGGCGAUUCUGGUGGUCCAGUAGUCUGCAAUGGGCAGCUCCAGGGCAUUGUUUCCUGGGGGAUUGGCUGUGCAAAGAAAGGCUAUCCUGGAGUUUACACCAAGGUCUGCAAUUACGUCUCCUGGAUCGAGUCAACCAUCGCUGCCAACUGA